ACAGCCUUUCCCCCCGUAACUUACAGCCUUUCCAUGCCCGUGGGGUUGAGGCAUGUCCUUCUCCACAUGAGCCACGACGCCCCGCUGAACACGAGGCGACCAGACUGGGGGCCUCGCCGCCGCGUGGCGAACACCCUGUUCCGGGCAGUGUGGUUUGGCUCCAACAUGACGAUCGGGGCCCAGACGAGAGCGCCAGGCCGGGACACGCCCACCUACGUGUUCCCGGAGGAACUGCGCUGGGCCGUCAGGGCGCGAUUCCCUGACGACCCUGUCCACCUCUAUGAUGGAGCGGUGGACCAGCAGGCCUCUGUGUAUCGUGUCGACGUGGUCGACCUGGCCACCACCACCUGGCCCCGUUGCAGGUGCGAUGGAGAGGCAGGACCCCCGGCUGGACGCCCAGUUCGCCGCGGUCGAGGGCGCGGGACCCGGUCUGGUCCUUACUCCAGAGGACAGUAGCCGUGAAGCGCAUUAGGCGGCAUGUUACCAUCCUCUUGUGUUUUGUCUGCCUGUGUUCAAAUAAUAUAAAGGCCAUGGU